AGCCUGAGCUACCGUGCCCAGCCACUUUUUCUCUUUAAAGAAGUGUUUAGAAUUGUUUCUGUAGAGUGGUGGUCUUGCUCUGUUACUCAGGCUGGUCUCGAACUCCUGUCUUCAAGCCUCCCACAGUACUGGGAUUAUAGGCAUAAGCCGUUGUGCUGGCCAGGCUGUCCUUUUUCUGUUCUGCCCUCUCCCACCUUCAUGACUCCAGGACAGGCUUCUGGCCUUCUAGAAGGAAUGAACUGGAGGAGGCUCAAAAUGGUCUCUCCUGAGGCUGAUUUGAAGGAAUGUGGGGUGUUUUUCUUGGAGUGGGGAAAACUUAAGUAUGCACGGGUUAUCUCCAGUUACCUUUUAUUCCUUAGAGCUUUUAUAAAAGUGAUUAUUGUGGUAAAAUACACAGCAAAAUUUGGAGACUUUAUCUCUAACUGUGCUGUUCUGUGGCACUGAGCAUACACUGAAGUGCAGCCAGGACCCCCAUUGGCCCCCAGUUCCCCUCCUCGGUUGAAGCUCUGGACCCUUUAGCAGCUGUUCCCUGUCCUCUCAGCCCGACACCCUUCUACUUUCCACCCGCAAUGGGUGUGACUGCUCUAGAGACCUCACGAAAGAGAAGUAAGGGGUAGCUCUCCUUCUGUGGCUGGCCUGUUUCACUUAGCGUCACGUUCUCAAGGCUUAUCCAGUCCCUAGAUUGCUCAAGGAGGCCACCUGCAGUCAGUGUCAGGAUGGUAGCUUUGCGUGGUGUGGAGCACACCUCCACCACGGCAUCCAGCUGAGGCCGAGGAGGGAGAAGUCCUGGGGGAGGCCAGCUUGGCCUGGGGUGCCUCUGAGCACCACGAUUCCCCCAGGGGUGCUGGGACUCCGAGCAGGCCUCAGCCUGUCGUCGGUUUCGGCUUCAGCUGAGGUGACAGCCUUUCCCUGUAGUGGAACCCCCUUCUUCUUCUUUCCCAGACUGCGGCGUCCUGGAGUUGAUGGGAGCUGCAGCACCGUGCCAGGCCAGCCUCCCUCCCAGCCAGUGACUACACCUCUGCAGCACCUGGACCCAGCCCAUCUGCCCGUGUCCUCUGCCCUGGGCCCCAGGAAUGUGCCUCCUCCUGAGAGUCCCCUCCUUCGUCCCUUAGAGGAACAGGCUGCCACCAAGCUCCCACCAGCCUCCGUUACCCUGACCUUAUUUCCACCUGAUGGUGCCAGAGGCUGCUUCCCAGCCGGUAUCCUAAGAUCCUUGUUCCCUUGGUGGCUUGGUUGUUUGAGCCUCCAUUCUGGAUUGGGGGCGGUGGUCUGGGUGUGAUUCCUGUGGAGGAAACCAGCCUGAGGUGCCCUGGCCCAGGCUCGCCUGCCUGGAGUCCUUGGUGUGUACCCGUCUGUGGCCCUGGAGUCACCUCCUGCUCCUUUUCACUGGGUUUCUCCCCAGACCAAGCCCCUGGAUUUGAGUCUCUGAGCAGCCAACUGUGAUUUUUUUAAGAGAAAGAAUUCUGCUCCCUGAUUUAUUUCUAAUUCUUCUCUCCAUAACUGGACUUUAUCUGUAAGCUAUUUGUGGCUCCAGUGGUUUUCGCUUGCUCGCUUGUUUUUGUUUUAUCUUUGCCCUGAAUGUCCAUCCUGGCCUCGGCCACCUCCCUCCCCAAGUUCUGUGCUGGACCUCCUGUCUCAGCCUCCCAGAGAGGGUGCUGCUGCCCGGAGACCACCCUCAGCGAUGGACCUCUCUGUCAUGCAGGGCAGGGCAGGGCAGGGCUGUUGGCAGAGCCAUGACCUGAACCCCGCCUCCUCCCCCUGCUCUCCUUAAGGGUCUUUCCCAGAUGUGAAGGUCCCUCCCGGGCUCUACUGAGGCCAGACCAAUUCCCAGUGGCUUGGGAACCCUCGUUUACUGCAGCACCAGUGCCUGCCCUCCUGCUUCCCAGGCCAGGCUGCCAGGUGAGCCCCUGGCCGAGGGAGGUCGCCCCGUGGAGGCUGGAAGGACUCGAGUUUCCCGUCUCCUCGCCUCCCCCAGGUCUUUCCUCGUCUGGACUCAUCUCUGGGUAACUCAUGGUGUGAGUGGCCGUGUGGCUGGCUCAGGUAAGUCCUUUUUAGACCCCAGGUAACUCACUGGCUCAUCUGGGGCCCAUUGCCAUGCCCACCAGGAUGUCCCCCAGGGUGUCACCACUGCGCUGUAGAGGUCUCCUGAGUGUUUUAUUUUCUCUGGCCCAUUUCCCGACAGGUGUUUGGAGAAAGAAACGCCAGGCCCCCUCCUGCCCACCCCCAGCCUCAGAAACACGCCCAGCCCCACGAUGGCAGCAGAGACACUCAACUUUGGACCUGAGUGGCUCAGGGCCCUGUCUGGGGGCGGCAGCGUGGCCUCCCCUCCCUCGUCCCCUGCCAUGCCCAAAUACAAGUUGGCUGACUACCGCUACGGGCGAGAGGAGAUGCUGGCCCUCUAUGUCAAGGAGAACAAGGUCCCUGAAGAGCUGCAGGACAAGGAGUUUGCUGCAGUGCUGCAGGAUGAGCCGCUGCAGCCCCUGGCCCUGGAGCCGCUGACUGAGGAGGAGCAGAGAAACUUCUCCCUGUCAGUGAACAGCGUGGCUGUGCUGAGGCUGAUGGGGAAAGGGGCUGGACCCCCCCUGGCUGGCACCUCCCGAGGCAGGGGCAAUACUCGGAGCCGAGGCCGUGGCCGCGGUGACAGCUGCUUUUACCAAAGAAGCAUCGAAGAAGGCGAUGGGGCCUUUGGACGAAGCCCCCGGGAGAUCCAGCGCAGCCAGAGCUGGGAUGACAGAGGCGAGAGGCGGUUUGAGAAGUCAGCAAGGAGGGAUGGAGCACGAUGUGGGUUUGAGGAGGGAGGGUCUGGCCCAAGGAAGGAGCAUGCCCGCUCAGACAGCGAGAACUGGCGGUCCCUACGGGAGGAGCAGGAGGAGGAGGAGGAGGGCAGCUGGAGGCUCGGGGCAGGGCCCCGGCGAGAUGGCGACCGCUGGCGCUCCGCCAGCCCUGAUGGUGGUCCCCGCUCUGCUGGCUGGCGGGAACAUGGGGAACGGAGGCGCAAGUUUGAAUUUGAUUUGCGAGGGGAUCGAGGAGGGUGUGGUGAAGAGGAGGGGCGGGGAGGGGGAGGCAGCUCUCACCUUCGGCGGUGCCGAGUGACCGACGGCUUUGAGGAGGACAAGGAUGGGCUCCCAGAGUGGUGCCUGGACGAUGAGGAUGAAGAAAUGGGCACCUUUGAUGCCUCUGGGGCCUUCUUGCCUCUCAAGAAAGGUCCCAAGGAGCCCAUUCCUGAGGAGCAGGAGCUGGACUUCCAGGGGCUGGAGGAGGAGGAGGAGGAGCAGCCUUCCGAAGGGCUAGAGGAGGAAGGGUCUGAGGCGGGUGGGAAGGAGCUGACCUCACUGCCUCCCCAGGAGGAGAAGCCCAGUUCCCCAUCCCCGCUGCCCACCUUGGGCCCAUUCUGGGGGACUAAUGGGGAUGGGGACGAAGUUGUGGAGAAAGACCCCACAGCCGCCGAUGAUGAUAUUCGGGGGAUCCAGCUGAGUCCUGGGGUGGGCUCCCCCACUGGCCCACCCGGAGAUCUGGAGGAUGAUGAAGGCUUGAAGCACCUGCAGCAGGAGGCAGAGAAGCUGGUGGCCUCCCUGCAGGACAGCUCCUUGGAGGAGGAGCAGUUCACGGCUGCCAUGCAGACCCAGGGCCUGCGCCACUCCGCAGCUGCCACUGCCCUCCCGCUCAGCCAUGGAGCUGCCCGGAAGUGGUUCUACAAGGACCCGCAGGGCGAGAUCCAAGGCCCCUUCACAACACAGGAGAUGGCAGAGUGGUUCCAGGCUGGCUACUUCUCCAUGUCGCUGCUGGUGAAGCGGGGCUGUGAUGAGGGCUUCCAGCCGUUGGGCGAGGUGAUCAAAAUGUGGGGCCGCGUGCCCUUCGCCCCAGGGCCCUCACCACCCCCACUGCUGGCACUGGCUCAGCUGUCGCCUGAGCAGGGCAACAUGGACCAGGAGCGGCUGAAGAAGCAGCAGCAGGAGCUGGCUGCGGCGGCCUUGUACCAGCAGCUGCAGCACCAGCAGUUUCUCCAGCUGGUCAGCAGCCGCCAGCUCCCGCAGUGCACGCUCCGGGAGAAGGCAGCUCUGGGGGACCUGACGCCACCGCAGCAGCAGCAACAGCAGCAGCAGCUCACGGCGUUCCUGCAGCAGGCGCUCAAACCCCCCAGAGGCGGGGACCAGAACCUGCUCCCGACGAUAAGCCGGUCCUUGUCGGUGCCGGAUUCAGGCCGCCUCUGGGACAUACAUACCUCAGCCUCAUCACAGUCAGGUGGUGAGGCCAGUCUUUGGGACAUACCAAUUAACUCUUCGACUCAGGGUCCAAUUCUAGAACAACUCCAGCUGCAACAUAAAUUCCAGGAGCGCAGAGAAGUGGAGCUCAGGGCGAAGCGGGAGGAGGAGGAGCGUAAGCGCCGGGAGGAGAAGCGCCGCCAGCAGCAGGAGGAGCAGAAGCGGCGGCAGGAGGAGGAAGAGCUGUUUCGGCGCAAGCAGGUGCGGCAGCAGGAGCUGCUGCUGAAGUUGCUACAGCAGCAGCAGUCGGUCCCCGUGCCCCCUGCGCCCAGCUCCCCGCCCCCGCUCUGGGCUGGCCUGGCCAAGCAGGGGCUGUCCAUGAAGACACUGCUGGAGUUGCAGCUGGAGGGCGAGCGGCAGCUGCACAAGCAGGCCCCGCCUCGGGAGUCAGCUCGGGCCCAGGCCCCCAACCACCGAGUGCAGCUUGGGGGCCUGGGCACUGCCCCCCUGAACCAGUGGGUGUCUGAGGCUGGGCCGCUGUGGGGCGGACCAGACAAGAGUGGGGGCGGCAGCAGCAGCCUGGGGCUCUGGGAGGACACCCCCAAGAGUGGCGGGAGCCUGGUCCGAGGCCUCGGCAUGAAGAACAGCCGGAGCAGCCCAUCUCUCAGCGACUCAUACAGUCACCUGUCAGGUCGGCCCGUUCGCAAAAAGACAGAGGAAGAAGAGAAGCUGCUGAAGCUGCUGCAGGGCAUCCCCAGGCCCCAGGACGGCUUCACCCAGUGGUGCGAGCAGAUGCUGCACACGCUGAGCGCCACGGGCAGCCUGGAUGUGCCCAUGGCUGUAGCGAUCCUCAAGGAGGUGGAAUCCCCCUAUGAUGUCCACGACUAUAUCCGUUCCUGCCUGGGGGACACGCUGGAAGCCAAAGAAUUUGCCAAACAAUUCCUGGAGCGGAGGGCCAAGCAGAAAGCCAGCCAGCAGCGGCAGCAGCAGCAGGAGGCGUGGCUGAGCAGCGCCUCCCUGCAGACGGCCUUCCAGGCCAACCACAGCACCAAACUCGGCCCUGGAGAGGGCAGCAAGGCCAAGAGGCGGGCGCUGAUGCUGCACUCAGACCCCAGCAUCCUGGGGUACUCCCUGCACGGAUCUUCUGGUGAGAUCGAGAGCGUGGAUGACUACUGACCAGCCCGGACCCCCAGCCCCUGGGCUGUAGGCCAGGGCGGCAGCAGAGGCGUGGACCUGAGGGUCGCAGCCUGCAGGCUUCCUGCAGGGAGCAGAGGAGGAGGCAGGGGCGGGGUCCCCAGCACUUGUUACAAACACACGAUGCACCUUAACUCACCCACCACGAGGCACUUUACAGACUGGGGGAGGGGUUUUUUUUUUUAAUUUUUUAUUUUAAAUGACUUUGAAGAAAAUGUAGGAGAAGCAAAAAUAUUGUUAACUAGACUCUAAACACCCCUUCCCGCUGCGGGGAUAGUGGGUGUGACAAUGGAAGGUCCACAGAGGUUUUUUUUUUUUGUUUUUUUUUUUUUUUUUUUUUUUUUUUUUAAGAAAAAAUGAAAAAUGAAAAAAAAAUUAUUAGGAGGCUGAAAGAAAAAACACACUGUUAUUUUGGGGCAGUUGGGGAUACAGGCCCUGUGGACCUGUCUUGCCUGGCCCCCAAGGCCACACUUACCCCCCACCAGAAGGCGGGCCAUGGGGUAACUGGAAGCUCGGGGCCAGCAGUUUGCACAGGAGGCCUGUCUGAGCUCCGCCUGCCAGACCCACUGUAAGCAGCUUCCGUAGCUGGGGCUGGCUGAGGUGUCCGGGAUGGGGCCAAAGUAGCCCCUCAGCUUUGCUGCUUUGGGGGACAGUUGCACAAAUUGGAAGAGCAGCCCCAGCUCCGCAGGCUACCAUCCUGUGCUGGCUGAGGGAUAGCAGGGGACGGGCUGUGCCAACCUCUGGCUGGCAGGGUGGGGCUGCAGGAUUCUCGACUGUGGUCCUGGUGAGGGGUGUCCCCCACCGCUGCCAUUUUGGGGGAUGCCCUGUGUUUGAACCUGAAAGCCCCAGCUCUCUGCCUUGCCACGUGAAUGUAUUCUUUGGGCCACAAGCCCCCGCCUCACCCCUGCCUGGCUCCUGCCUCACCCCUGCGAGCGGCGGGGGUGGAUGAUUGCUCCGGAGGCUGCAGAGAGAAGGCUGAGCUGUUCCUCCAGUAAAGGGGGCAGGAGGGGCCUCGAAGGCAAGGAGUGGGUGGCUUUGGGCUUAGGGUUGCAGUGGAGGGGCUGCCACCCCGGUCCCCAACCUGUAGCCAGCUCAUGGGGUGUAGACCACCCAGUUCUGCAUCUGAUCCCUCUACUGACCAAAUGGGAGAGGAACGGGCAGCCUCCCUGGUCUGAUGCGAUGCGCUUUUUACUUUUGGGUAAGGUUGGGGUGAAGAGAAGCGUGCGGCUCCUGGGUCAGGGGAGGCUGCCCCUUCUGUUGCUCACCGACUUUUUAUUCCUGGUCCACUAGUUGGGUUUGUCUCCACGCAUUUUGGGUUGUAAGUUUUGUCUUUUGGGUUCCUCAUCCAGCUCCUCCCAUUGACCUCAUUGCUCAGAGUGCAGUAUUAGGGCAAGGUUCCGCCACUGCCUUCCUCCAUGAAUGUAUUUCUCCCUCCUGCCCUGGGGACAUGGGGAGUGGCCCAUUUCUUUCCCCAUCUAGCCCCAGAAAGAUGAUGGUGUUUGGGUUUUUGUUGCUUUUUUUUUUUUUUUUUUUUUUUGCACCAAAGUGGCAACUGGGUCAGUGUUGGGGGAUCAAGCUGGCCUCGGGGUGGGGAGCCCCCACCUGCCUCUCCCUGGUUCCCACAGUGUUAGCGUCCCUGAAAAGACAAUAUUCUCUAAAGCAAUAAGGGGUGACGGGCCGGGGGGAGUGUCUGCUGCUGCUGGCCCCCAGCUCCCCUUCCCUCUUGCCAGGUGUGGGGGAGACUCCUGUUGUGACUGAAUGUAAGCCCCCCGCCCCUGCCACAGCCAAUGCAGGGGAAGGGGGGGCACUCUUCCUGUCUCUUCCUGCCCCUUCUCCCCAGCUAAAGAGACUUUGGACUUAGGGGGCCCAUGAGCCUGGAGAGGCCUUAACCCUGUGAGGAAGAGUAGGGGGAGCCCUCUCCCACCCCUAUCCCCUUCUGAGAGUGGUCAAUGUUUACAAGCCCCUGAGCCCCCCUGCCCAGGGACUCAGACUCUGUUGCUGUCCUUCCCAGCCCUGGUCUUCCUGGGCCCUCGCUGCUCCUCUGCCCUUUCUGGGGUUGGGGUGGGUGCAGGGGUCACUGUGUUUCCUGUCUGCCUUGUACCCCCAAUCUCCCCACCCCCUCUCCACCCCGUGUGACUUCUCUGUCUUUUACCUGCUCUGUAAAUACUCCCUUCUCCCAAUAAAACUUGGUGUGUGUUCUCCCA